GUUGAAGAAGAGUAUGCACGUUCUGCUGAAACGUUCUUCAAUUGUCAGAAUUGUUUUAAAAUUUUCGUGAUUUAUGAAAAGAAACCGGUGGUGACCAUAGAACUUGUAGACACAGAAACAGAGGAAGAGAAUGGUGAUGGAGAGAAUAUUCAGCCGAAUGGAGAAACUACAAUAGAUCCUAGCAGCGAUGAAGAUUCCGAUCACAACGAGGAUACCGAUGAGGAGCAGCAUAGGAACGGUACGACAGGUUUGCCGAAGACGAACGGCUUUGUCGAUGAAAAGAGAGAGGAUAGAACAUCAUGCGGAGCUGGGCCUUCAACUAGGAGCUCUUCAACUAUAAGGAAACGAAGUGUGCAUCGUCUUUUCCUGAGGCGUAAUGCUCGCAUGCGGAAUCCUGAAUGUACUGGAGAUUUCAUUGCAUUUGGAGGAGACGGAGCUCCAUCAAUUUUAUCGCCUUCUUUCGGAUGGGAAGGAAUUAUUCGACGCAAUCGUGGACGUGGAUUGGCAAAAAUGGAGCGCAUGCAUUACAUCCGCAAAUGUCGAGCUGGCGAUAUGUUCGCGGAAGAACACGGUGUCACAUGGUUGGCGAAAGGGAUGCAAAAAGUCACAUCACAUCAUCCGGUGUAUGAGUUUCUGCAAUUUAACAAAUAUAUGCUGAAAAAUAUAGCAUAUCAGUCUCGCUCCAAAUAUAUACAUGUUAGUUGA